UGUAUGUCCAAUUUCAAGAGAGAGAUUUUGGCAGAAAAAACUGAUAGAGAACUUUCAAACCCCACACCAUUUCACACUUUUUUCUUCAUCAUCACUCAACUCAACUCAACUAUAGCCUCCUGCCUCUAAUAUUUCAGUCCCAAACUGAAAGUCUUAUUAUAAUUUGCCAAAGUUUCUUUACUCACUUUGUAUUAGUUAUCUAUCCGAAAGUUUUUAUCUUCACCUCAUAUUAUUUUCUUUCCUUUCUGUCUUUCUCUGUCGGUUGUAAAAUGAGUCCAGAAAGAAACCCUCUUGACCUCAACAACUUACCUGAUGACUUUUGUAGAGAUGGUAAACAAGUUAUUGAAGGUAGCUCUUCAUUUAAUGCAGGGUAUAGGAAAAAGAAAAACGGCGCUAAAGAAGGAAAAGAAGAGUGUGGUAAAGUCUAUGAAUGUAGGUUUUGUUCCCUCAAGUUCUGCAAAUCUCAAGCUCUUGGGGGACAUAUGAACCGCCACCGUCAAGAGAGGGAGACAGAAACUCUGAACCGGGCUCGUCAGCUCGUCUUCAAUAACGAUAACCUAAUUGCUCCUCCUCACUUAGGUUGCCAGCCAAUUCCUCAUGUAGCUGGAGGUUAUCAUCAUCAAGCAGGAAAUAUUGGUGAUCCAACACUCUCAUAUAGACCACAACCACCACCAGUUUAUCCAACAAGGUUAUUUUCCGGCAACUCCACCACCCUCUUGCCACCAGGACAACCACCACAACCACCUCAUCAACCACCCUACAUGUACCCUUCUCCGCCGCGUCUCCUCUCCUUUUCUUCUCAAUAUCCAACCGGCCAUUCAAACGAUUACUUUGUUGGCCAUGUUCUUUCGGGAAACUCACACUCAUCAACUCCAAAUAACUUCAUGGGAUCAUCAACUUUACCUGAUGGUAGUAACAAUUACACUUGCAUUGGUGCACCAAUAGGACAUGGACUUGGACUUGGCAGUGGAAGUAAUAGAGGCACAGAAGGGCUUAAUAAUAAUGGAUUUUAGUACAUCCUUUUCUGUUUCAGUUUAUGUGAACAUUUUCAGAUUACGAGCGUCAAACUGACUAA